GAAGAGGACCAUCGCAAACGCCGUAGGAACAGGACAACACAGUCUUGCGUAAAUUGCCACACCAGUAAACGCAUGUGCGAUAGGAAACGGCCGUGUGGGCGCUGUACGCAAUUAGGUCUGACUGGCCUGUGCGUGUAUGAGGUCGACGAUCCGAACCAAAAACAUGAUGAUCAAGACGAGAAAUCUCGAUUACAGAAACGGGUCGCUGAAUUAGAGGGUGUUAUCAGAGAGGUG